AUGAGCAACUGGAAGGAGCUGGGAGAAGUUCCCGAUUCUGAGGAAGAAGAUGGAUUCGAGAGUCAAGAAUUACCGUCUUUACCAGCAACUAUCUCGACAAGCAAAAACGACACUGAGCAGACCGAUGAUCGAGAGCAAGAGACUGCCAGUCCUGAUAAGGAUAAAGAACAAGAUCGUGACAUCUGGGAUGUUCCCGAUUCGUCACAAGACCUUGCCCAACACGCACCUUUGACAAAGACGCCGAGUCGAAUACCCGGAACAACUACAAAACCAUCAGAGACUGGCAACCUAGCAUUUGAUGAGCUGAACGUUUUAUCUUCUUCACCUCUGUCAUCAAUACACUCUGAUGCCGACCUCCCUGAUGUCGACACCUUCGACCUGCAACGACCAACUGCAACAGCCAGCGCUAAACCUAAGCCGUCGAACGAAUCCCAGCAGAACCCUACAGCUAGUACUGGAGUGUUGGAAAGUUACGUUGAACGGUCUUCGCCUCCCCCAGAGUUCACGACAAAUAACCGGAAUGUUAUACCCCCUUCCUCAUCGCUCAUCCUUGGGGACGAUCAUGCGGUGCCCAUGCAAAGUCAAGAGCUGGGCGGGGAGGCUGAACAUCAGGCCGCUCGACAAACGGUUGUUCGAAAUGAAAGGUCCCUCCGCCCAAGGAAGCCAAUUCAGGAGCGCCCAUACGCUAUUGAAAUGUCAUACUAUUCCAACAUUCUGAAACGACAUGGUGUUCGACCCCUCAGGCUUGCCAUUGAAGGAGAAAAGCGACGUCGACAGCAAGCUGAGCAAGAGGCUUCAAAGGACAAGGACUUUGAAGACGAUAGCCAGGGUUCACAUCUACCGGAUGUGUCUGAUGAGAGUCAAUUGAGGAGUCUGGAAGACUUCUUGGAUGGCCUAGACACAAUCGAUCCUUCACCCUCACCCCCUAAGACCUCGCCCAUGGUUGACCGUGCCGGGCCCAGUAGUCAGGCAAGCUCGACGGGCGACACAGAAAACACUAGCAUGGCUGGUGAUGAUCUUCCAACCUUGAAGGAUUUACUACGAAGGCCACCAACUACAACUUCGAAACAGCACGGAAAACGAAAAUCCUCGCCUUCUCGAUCAUCUGCACGAAAACGCAAGCGAUACGACGUCGUAGACAGCGAUCCCCUUGAGCCUGCAUCGGCUUUUAGACUUGGGCACAGUGCCACGGACUCUCCUGCUGCCCAGCGCAGUUCGCGGCGAAAUGGCGACGACUCUGUGCCUCCUGUCGAGAUUUCUGAACAGGCAACGCACCAAUCUCCUUUGGUACCGACUGGUCAGGCCCAGUCGUACUUAAGGUUGACUCAAAGGCCAGCUAUGGCGAGUAUGAGCGACUCGGAGGAUGAGCUUGUCGGGCCGGUAACCAAUUUACAACCAGAUAGCGAAGGGAUUGCAUCCCAGUCUGACUCCGACUCUGGUUCCGAGAGUGGUUCUGAGAUCGUGAACACAGUCGGACGUCGGAUCAGGGGAGUGCUCCCCGCAUCAUGGCUACGCCUGGACCAGCAAGCUGGCCCUAAAAAGCCUUCAAAAGACCUUCAAAAACGGCCUGCUGCGUUCUCGCCCGAACGAGAAAUAAGACGUGGUGUGGCACAAAGGCGUGUCGCUUCGCCUAAUGUGUCCAAAGCCCUUGACAUGUUUUUUGAAGAAUCCGACGACGACGAUGUUCCUGCUCCGACGAUCACCCCGGGACAGCAGACUACAGAUGACGUGUUUCACAAUCAGACUCGUCUGAAUAUAAUAGACGAGCCCCCGAUAUAUAUCCCGGAAGAGUCGUCUGAUGACGAAGGAUCUGUGGUCGAGGAUAACGCCGUUGACCCCAUGUCUACCGGACGAAAAAGACAGAUGAAGCUCUCGGACUCGUUCAACAGCACGGCGAAACGACGCAAAAGCUCCGAUACUCGUCGAAAGCAGAGCGCGCCCAAAGGACCCCAUCAGCCCAGAAUCACCAGCAUGCUCUCUGGCACUCGAGGUGCUUCUGUAGCUGCAGCCGAGCUCAUCAAGAAGAAGUACCGUCAGCCUUCGUCGAAACGAAAGUCGAAAGGGGAGAAACGGUCAAAGAUGGACGCGCGCAGGUCAUGUGCACCGCCUCGACUGAGUAUUCUGGACGUUGUGGAACCAAACGCCCCCCGAUUCCUAAAGAUCGCAGCCCGGUCUGCCACUCGACGUCAGGAUAUGGGUAGGAGUAGCCCAAGUAGAAAGGUCAUCAGACUCGCCACUAGAGAGGAUCAUAUCGAUGUUGCAUCCGUCCUGAGUAACUGGAGAUCCGGCUUGAUCUCUCAGCGCCAGUCAGUUACUACCGCUCGUAAAGCUAGGACAGCGAGAUCAAAGCCCACGAUGGCCAAGCCACCCCUAUGCGAGACUUCUGGGAAUGGUUCGUCUACCUCACGGCGUGCGCCCAUGCCUCAAGGAGCAUCUCGUCGUUUGGUCAAACAAGUGAGCCAGGCAGGCUCUAUUAGAUACCAGACAGACUCCAAUGCUGGGGAACUUGAGGUUCUGCAGCAUCGGCGCACGAGUUCACUGGCACGGUCUGGCUCAGGUGUCACAAGACCGGCUCAGCUAGAAUCGGAUGAAACAGAUCCUACCAGCCGCUUGUCUUUCAAUGCAACCAAAAGACGUCUCGAUCGUUUGUAUCGGAAGCAACGCGGCGACUUCUCAGCUUCGAGUAUCAUGACAUUUGACAACAGCCCCGAUACGUUUUACCCAGCUAGUCCACCUCCUGAGGAGAACCCAAUCCCUCUUCGAGCUAUUGAGGAGCCACCUCAAGACCAGAACAAGUCACGGUUCCGAAAGAAGGUUAGACCUCAGCGCAUUGAUGUUGAGGCGCCACAAUUCAGUCGUGCAAACGAUCCUAUCCCUCUAGAGGCGGUACAAAUCCCCGGGCCAGUUCAGUCUGUAGAGACUAAUGGCGAGAAACUUCAAGGCCUGGGCCCAUACGGCACACAGUACACCCAUCAUUUUGAAACGUUUCCCUUGGAUCAUCGUGUGUACUUUCAUGAGUCGACUCUCCUCGGAAGCGGUGCACUUGAAACAGCAUCUAGAACUAUUACCUGUCAAUAUCUGUUCGAAACUCGACCGCGAUUACCCUUCAACUUCGGCGAGCAGGUGCUUAGGUGGGGCCCCUGGGAUGCCCAGGUGUCCUCUGAGAUUGGCGUUCUACUUGAUUCAGUUGCGGACCAGAUCGAACGAGCCUCAGCCGACGACGAAGAUGCAGACCCCAAGCUUGCUACAGGUGCUGCUGGGUUUGUCAUGAAAUUUAUCCUGCAUGCUUUGAGCCUCGCGGACCCAACACAAGCCAAAUCCUUUGUUUGCAGGGUGAUUGAGGUACUCAAAGGAUUCAAUGCCCGCAUAAAUGCCCUUUUGGACCGUCACAGCAGCAUCAGCACCACCACCGCACAACCUCGUUAUUCUCUUAUCGCAAGCGUCUACGAUCAUUUCCUUGUAGCAACGCUCUUUGUUCUGAGACUUUGUCAAGGGGAAUCGUCUUUGAUGAGUGAACAAUUUCAAAUGGAGGAUUUGCUCAAGGGCUUGGCUAAAACCGCCAUUACCUCACUUAUCACAACUGGGAUAGCCCGGAUCACAAAUGCAUACGACGAUCUCAAGAGCCCGCGAAUAAGAGAACAGGGUUUGAGAGAUGACAUGCCAAUCAUUCAUUCAUGGGUGAUGAACAUGAAGGUCCUGGAGCAUGCACACAUUCUUCGAGCUUCGUUUUGGAAUAUCCUUUACACUGUCAUGGCCACCCCUGAAAUGUCAUCAAGUCUUGAUGUUACUGAACAUGAGCGCCUUUGGAAGAACAUGUUUCUUCUUCUUCCACUCGCCGAGUUUAACGACAAAGGUAUCAUCGUUGCAGGCAGGAGGCAUGAGACGGCUGUGGAUGGUUGGUCAUUGCCUCAAAAACUACUCAAGAAGGUCUUCCAAGUGUACAAGGAUAACCCCCGGCAGUCACCAAGCUUCAACAACUACUGCCGCGCGUUGGUCGGUCGGUGCCAUUAUCUUGUGCAGCAAUGGGGUUGGCGCAAGUGCGUGGCCGUGAUAGGUGUCAUCUUCGACUUCUUUGGUUCACAGAACCUUGCGCACCUCCGCAAUGAAGAGGCGUACGCAUCACCGAAGUUUCUGGACGAACUGGCUGGUAAUCCGUCACUCUCUGUCGACAAAUCCGACAAAUGUUUUCACAUUUUCCUCAAGCUUGUUGCGUUAAGUAUCAAAAAGUUGAGUGACAUCGAUGCAUUGAAAGACAUUCGAAAUCUGAUUGCUCGUACAAUGCCUAAUCAUAACCGCCAACUUCUCAAGGAGCAGAUGAUUCAAGAGCGUGACUUGGCUGCAUUGCGGAACCACCACGAUCUCUUAUGUACUCUUUUCUGGGCUUCGCCACAAGAACUUCGCCCAGGUGCCCAUCUGAUCGAGCGACUUGUUGCCCCGGCAAGCUCCCACAAAGAGGCUUGUCUGAUCAACCUACGAGCUUGGAGUCAGCUGGCGAAAUUUAUUAUCUCGUCUGGGGAGGCUACGACAUCUUUCAGACCGUUCACGCAAUGGCGAAAUAACUUCUUCCAAUCUAUGAUGCAGCAAUUUGAUUCAGUACAAUCUGACAUGCAGCAGCAAGUCUUAGCAAUGUCCAAGGAUGCAACUAGCACUAUUGACCCUGAUUUGAUCAAGUCAAUGGUGGCCAUGAACAGACGAGCUGUGAUGGACGUUUUGUAUGCGUCCGUUGCAACGUCUUUGGAUGUCAUGAGACAUGCCCCCAAUUUGGAGGCUGCUACGCACGCCUUGAACACAUUGCAGCUGGAGGAAGUAUUCCGACGUUCUAGUGCAUACCCUCCAGAAUUAGAUUGGUCUAUCCUCCGAACCUCCCUAUCAACUUUGGAUGUUUUCUUCUCUCGUGUCAAUGAGUUUAACGAUGACGAAGAGAGCCAACAAAGCGAAUGCCAGAUACUCAACUCGGCCCAGGCAGAUGACGCUCUUCUGGUUGUUGAUCAGAAUCUAUCCAAGGUCUACUUCUCCAUGGCGAGAUGUGUUCUUUCUUCCGAAGACGAAAAGAAGGAAUCCCCUUCUACGACUGUCGAGAGAUCACAGUGCACAGAACAGGUUGUAACUUUGACGGCUCGACUUGCCGUACGAUUCAUCAACGGUGGUCUUUUCCGACUUAUUGAUAUGUUCAAACACGGAAAAUAUGGCCUAUUCAAAGAUGUCCCAGCAAAGCUUAGUCUGGACCAGCGACGACAUCUGGUCCUGUUCAUGACAACGCUUCUAAAGCAUGACUUUGAUGAUUUUACCAAUGCGGGCUUUUCGCUUUCUGAAGUCUGGGUACUUUCAAUUGUCAAACCACGUCCGUACUUGUCAUACGAAAAUCAGUUGGCGGAACAACUGCGACGACAGGAGAAGGAGUUCGUCCCAGAAGCUGUUACUGGACUUACCAUAAACCCAGACUACAACACAAACCGAGACUUGUUCGAAUUUGCCAUAUCGUGGAUGCGAAAGUCACUGCGAGAUGCCGGGCCAGCACUCAGGAAGGUCAUCAUGGCCGAACAUUCAAAGACACUGAAGUUGGCAAUGCAACAGAUACAAGAUGAUUUACGUGCCAUGUCUGGUAUUGCAUCUGAACACUCUAGCUAUGUGGUAUUUGUCCGGGAUAUCAUUGGGCUGAUUCGAGCCCAUGGCUCUGAUCUUUGCACCAUCGACAAGUAUUUCUACCAGAUCAGCAAAGAAUACUCUCCCUCCAUCCAGGACCCUCAACUCCAAGUGGCCGGCAUGACGUCGUACGGACUUCGAUUGAGUGAAGGCGAUGUCAAAAUCGUUCAGCAAGUCUUCUACUUCCUGUCCAACAAUUUCAAGCUGUCGUUAAAAGAGAACAAGCUUCGUGAGGAAGUUCAGUUGUUGCAGAAGGGAAUAGAGAAUCCAGGAAUCUUUUCGUUCAUUCUAGGCAAGAUGCUGCCAGCCAUCGUACAUGCAGCUGCGAUCGAGAGCUUGGCGUUUCCCAUGGUUGAGGCUUAUACAGAAGCAUUGCGAAUUUUCUUGACUCGUGCUGUAAUCCCUCGUGAGUUGGCAGAAAGCGAUAUGCCGCAGUUACUGGCCCUACUACGUGCUAUUGCUUGUUUUAUGGACCAGCUUAGCCAGACAGAUGGACAGCUUCAGGCACCACAGAUUCACUUGAUCACGCAACUGUUAGCACUGUCAAACAACAUCUGGCCAUCCGUAUAUGCCUUGUCGCUUUCUGGGACAUCAUGUGGUCCCUGGCAGGAUAUUGUCCAAGUCCUCAGAGCCAUGCGGACCGGAUUCUUGAGAGCCGAGCCAUACGUCGCUGAUAUGACCGACGUUGAGGAUUAUUCUCUUAGAGCAGAGAUUCUCCUUUCUGGCUUUGGAAAACAAGGAAUUGGACCUACUCAACUGGACAAAGAUGUUGAGGGCUUCACAAACAAUCUCGUUAACGAUGUACGGAAGAUUUGGGUGACUUCUGGAACGAGAAUCAGCAUCCAAGCUCCUGGGCGAGGCCCCGGAUUUACACAGACACAAACUAGCCAGGGAGUGCCCAUGCCUGUUUGGGAACCAGAGGUGUUGCCCGAUGCUGCUCCUUGCCGAAACCUUGUUGUCCACGGCGCAACAGCAACAGGCAAAUCCGCUAUCGUUUCCCAACUCGUCUCCGACCUAGUUACCAAUGUCAACAACGAUGCUUCCUCAGGCGGUCUCCAAGCUGCAGUUGUCAAUUCUGUGCAAUGCAUUACGGGGCGGCAUUUGUUCGAGUCUAUAGUUGGACAGGUGGCGGAUGCUCUGCAGUGGGAGGAGAUCCCGCGCCGUUGCGAGACGUUGGCGCAGUUGACCGUUGAGAUGGUCAAGAUGAUCCAAUACCCUAAGAGAGAUGCCCGAUGGCGCUUUGUGCUGGUGCUGGAUGCCAUUGAUCGACAGAGAGAUGCGCCUCCUACACUGUUGCCAGCUCUGGCGAGACUAUCAGAAAUCAUCCCAUGCCUUACCUGCGUCUUCAUCGUAACAUCCCCCCCCGCCAGCUUCUUACGCUCGCCCUCAUCAGCACACCUUCUCUUCCCGCCGUACGAGAAGAAGGAAUUCGUUCGAAUCGCCGCUCUCACGCCACCGAAAUCGCUUCCCACAUGCAACCACCAAGAAACCGCCGAUCUCUGGACCCGUUUCUGCGCGGCCGUGUACGACUCUCUUACAAAGUCCGCCUCUCGCACACUGCCUUCGUUCAAGCACAGCUGUAAUGCGCUGUGGCCGCGCUUCACAGCCCCGAUUGUAGCCGGAACACACUUGCCAAAGGAGUUCUCGAAGCUGCUUAUUGCAGGCAGAGUUCAUUUCCAGGAUGAGUCUCUGCUCAACCCGAGCAUUGUUUCUGUUAGACCCAAGAACAAGCCUGUCGACACUACAGCAACGAAACCAACAUCUUCAGCAACCGAUCUCACAAAUCUCCUUCCUACGACAGCUCGUCUUCUUCUCUUAGCCGCAUAUCUCGCAUCCCAUAAUGCAACACGGCAUGACCUUACUCUCUUCUCAACAUAUCACCAUGGUCGUAAACGCCGCCGUGGAGGCAUUGCCGUUCGUGGCGGCACACGCACGAAACACCGUAAGAUUGCGCGCAAGCUUCUGGGCGCACACGCCUUUGUUCUUGAGCGCAUGAUGGCCAUCUUUGCCGCUGUACGGUCAGAGUGGGCAGAUGGGACUGUGGUGGGUGCUUCUGGGCUCGAUGCGGAUGUGGCCAUGGCUAUAUCAACGCUUGCAAGCCUGAGAUUGUUGACCCGUGUGGGAGGUGUUGGAGAUGUCAUGGAUCGGGGAGGCAAGUGGAGGAUCAACGUUGCAUGGGAGGUGAUACGAGGCAUAGGACGAAGUAUAGGAGUGGAAGUAGAAGAGUGGCUCAUAGACUAA